ACAUUCUUGCCAGGCAUGAAGUACGGCGCAAAUUUGUCUUCAGGAUUGAAUCGGUAUCUUACCUCCUGGAAAUCCGACGACGAUCCAUCUCCGGGGGAAUACACAAAUCGCCUUGAGAUUGCCGGGUUUCCACAAAUGUUCCUGAGGAAGGGAUCACAGAUCCAGUUCCGGGGCGGUCAUUGGAAUGGACUUCAAUUCAGCGGGAUGCCAAGCUUGAAUCCAAAUACGGUUUACACAUACGAUUUCGUCUUCAAGAAUGAAGAAAUCUAUUAUGAAUAUCAAUUGAUCAACUCUGCCGUGAUCACUAGAAUGAUUCUCAAUCCAUUAGGAAUCCUCCAUAAAUAUGUGUGGAUUGCUAAGGAAAAUAACUGGAUGAUGUAUCAGACGACCCAGAUGGAUAAUUGCGAUCGAUUCGCUGUUUGUGGAUCCUAUGGGAUCUGCACCAUCGAAGACAAUUCUCCUCUAUGCGGGUGUUUGCCAGGAUUCAAACCAAAAUCACAGACUGAGUGGGACAGAGCUGAUUGGACCCACGGCUGCGUUCGUAAAACAGAUUUGCUGAAGAAUGACGGAUUCUUAAGAUACUCGAACGUCAAAUUGCCCGAUACGAGAGAGUCAUGGUUCGAUCAAACCAUGAAUUUAAAUGAUUGCCAAGGUUUAUGCUUGAAGAAUCGCUCUUGCACAGCUUAUGCUAAUACCGACGUCAGAAAUGGAGGAAGCGGUUGCCUUUUGUGGUUCAACGAUUUGAUUGAUAUACGGCAGUAUCAGGUCGGCAACGGCCAAGAUAUCUUUCUCAAAUUGGCUCAUUCCGAACUGGCCACAAUAGUAAGAGAGACUAACAGCCUCUCCACUAAAAUAGAAGAGUAUGAGCUUCCGCAAUUUGAAUUUUCAGAAAUAGCCAUUGCCACUGAUAAAUUCUCCCCUUUCAAUAUGCUUGGAGAAGGCGGGUUUGGACAAGUCUACAAGGGAUUACUGCCUAACAAUCAGGAGAUAGCUGUGAAGAGGUUGUCUAAGAAAUCGAGACAAGGAUUCGACGAGUUCAGGAAUGAGCUCUUGUGUAUCGCGAAACUUCAACAUCGAAACCUGGUGAAGCUCCUCGGUUGUUGCAUUCACCAAGAGGAGCAGUUGUUGAUUUAUGAAUACCUAUCCAACCAUAGCUUGGACUACUUCAUCUUCGAUGAGAUUAAAAGCGCCACUGUGGACUGGCCUAAGCGCUACAAUAUUAUAAAUGGAAUUGCUAGAGGACUCCUCUAUCUUCAUCAAGAUUCUCGGUUAAGAAUAAUCCACAGAGAUCUUAAAGCUAGUAACAUAUUGCUGGACUCCGAUAUGAACCCGAAAAUAUCAGACUUUGGCAUGGCCAGAAUUUUCAGUGGCAAUGAAACCGAAACCGCACUCAGCACAACCAGAGUCGUCGGAACUUUUGGCUACAUGGCCCCUGAAUAUGCCAUUGACGGGAUAUUUUCACAAAAGUCAGACGUAUUUAGCUUCGGUGUGCUGACACUAGAGAUCAUAUGCGGAAAGAAAAACCGUGGCUUCACUCAUCCAGACCACGAACUAAACCUUCUAGGACAUGCCUGGAAUCUUUUGAAUGAAGGAAGAGAGUUGGAACUGAGUGAGCCGGUGUUGGAAAAAACAUUGGACCCGAGGGAGGUGUUGAGGUGCAUUAACAUUGGGUUGCUUUGUGUGCAACAAUCCCCGGAGGACAGGCCUUCAAUGUCAUCUGUCGUGCCGAUGCUGUGCAGCGACAUACCAUUGGCUCAGCCUAAGAAGCCCGGAUACUUUGCAGAAAGGAAUGUUGGAUCCGGGGAAUCUUCUAGUAAUGGUGGUCAGGAUGUUGUGUUCUCAAACAACCAGUUGACUGUGACAACAGUUAAUUUAAUCGCUGGUGAGCGAGCUGUAGAAACUUCUUCAUACAGCUUUACUGAAGAGUAUUCAAAUAACAACAUGGAAGAAGGAGGAGGAGGAGGUAAGUUUAUUGAACCUGAUAUGCAAUGA